AUGCUCCCAUGCACUCACCCAUGCUUCCAUGAUUCUAUGCACCCAUGCAUCCAUGCAGCCCUGCUCCCAUGCACCCAUCCACCCAAUCACCCAUACUCCAAUGCACCCAUGCCCUCACCCAUGCACCCAUGCACCCAUGCACCCAUGCAUUCAAACCCUUCUCUCAUGCACCUUUCCAACGAUGCACUCGUGGACGAAUCUCCCCAUCGCUUCUCUCUCCCCCAAACCCUCCGAUAUUCCAUCUUCCUAGCCCCUCAUUCCUUUCCCUCCCCAAUCACCAAGAGGCAAAGCCCUCCCUUUCUCUCAGCCUACCACGAUUGCUUCUUCCUCUCCAAUUCCUUCUGUCCGUACAAGCAGGCACUGCCGGAGUCAUCUCACAUGUAUGACGAGGCGCAGCAUUUGUUCGCGGCACACGGUGUGAAGGUGGCGGGCACGGAGGUGGACCUCCCCGCCAUGAUGGCGCAGAAGAGCAGCGCCGUGGCUGCACUCACCAAGAACAUAGAGGUGCUGCUCAAGAAGAACAAGGUCACGUACCUCAAGGGCCUUGCCAACAUUGUGGCACCACACGAUGUCGCCGUGUCCUUGCUGGAUUCCCCAGAAGAGACCAAAAUCAUCAACGCAAGGAACAUCAUCAUUGCCACGGGCCUACCCGCCGUGCUCAAGAAGCUCGUGGUGCUUGGCGGCGGGGCCAUCGGCCUGGAGCUGGGGUCGAUGUGGGGCCGGCUGGGUGCGGAGGUGACGGUGGUGGAGCUCACGGACAGCAUCGGUGGGAGCAUGGACCGCGAGAUCCGCCACACCUUCCAGCGCGCGCUGGAGAAGCAGGGCUUUAAGUUCGUGCUGGCCACGAAAGUGGUGUCUGCGGAUGCGUCGGGGAGUAGGCGCGUACCGUACACCGACGGGCUGGGGCUGGACGAGGUGGGCGUGAAGAAGGACAAGGAGGGGCGCAUAUUGGUGGAUGGACAGUUCCAGUCUUCCGUGCCCAGCGUCUUUGCCAUCGGGGACGUUAUUUCAGGACCCAUGUUGGCUCACAAGGCCGAGGCGGCGGAAGGAAUCGCGUGUGUGGAGAAUCUGGUGGGGGCGAAAGGGUAUGAAGAGUACAGCACGAUACCGUGGAUCAUCUACACUCACCCUGAGGUGGCCAUGGUUGGCAAGACAGAGGAGGAUUUGAAGCAGUCGGGUAUGGGGUACCGCAUGGGGCAGCUCCCCUUUACGGCGAACAGUCGAGGGCGCGCGACCGGGGACACAAAGGGGAUCAGGGCUCUUGCUAACUUUUAA